AUGAUGCUUAGUGGGUUGGUGUACUUGCUGCUUGCACAAGUUGCAGUUGGCCGGAGAGAAUAUGUAAGAGUGCAGACGACGACUACGACUACCGAGGAGUUGCACCCCUGGCACCGGACCAUAUACGGGACCGUGAAGGAGAUCGUGACGCCCACGGUGAUUGCGGGCGUGACGUUCUCGUUGAAGCCGGAUCCGACGCCCGAUCCGCUCAAACCGUGGGUUUCGCUGAAGAAAGACGGCGCGCCGCAGACCAUCAAGCCAGAAGUUAAGAAGGGGAGGACCAUCAAGGGCCCGCCAGACUACUCGACGUACUUUAAGCAGGUGAGCACGACGACGUACUCGUACGAGGAGCUGCAGGCGCACAACAUGGACCCCAACGACGUGCACGAGGAGGAGGUGUUCACGGAAGAGGAUGACACAUACACGUCGCUCAACCCGCUAAUCCGGUGCACUCCGGACCGGUACUUCAACAAGGGCCUGGCCAAGGACGUGAGCAGCGCGCCGUUCUGCACGCCGCGGGAGCACGUUGACUGGUACGCAGGCCAGACGUACUUCAUCACAUGGUACACGCACUUCUUCUGGGACAAGGCCCUCGACGCGCCGGCGGAACAGGCGCGGGUCAUGCUGUAUUACGUCAAGAAGGGACAGCUCAGGCAGAAGCGGGAGCCCAUCAAGCCCUUCUUCCGCGGCCAGUGGAUCAAGAACAUUGACGGACUGUUUGCGAUCACUAUCGAUGAGGAGUGGCUACAGGGGCAGGGCACGCGCCAGCUGAUGCUAACGGUGCAGCCGUCGACUGUGGCCGACGAGGAGUUUGACCCCGUUGAGCACGGGAUUCUUGUGCGGCUAGCGCUACCGAACAGGGUUUUCAAGGCGGGCAAGCAGGACCUGAAGAUGCUGGAUUCGGGCAUGACAGACGAGACGUGGUAUUACCUGCUCUUGACGUUGCCAACCAUCGUCGUCUUCGUCGCAGCCCUUGUGUACUUCUUCCUGCAGUGGAACCGGCGCUACACCGACUUUUCCGACAUCAGCAGAGCGGCCAUCGCGAAGAAGCAUCGGAUCAUCGGCAAGUUCAAGGACAUGCCGCGCUUCCGGAACAUGCGCAACCACAGGUAUGACGAGCUACCGCAACAUAAUAAGAGUAGCAAGCAAAGUUAA